AUGCCCUCUAUCGCAGCCCUCACCGCCAUCCCCCGCGCCGCCCGCGUUCUUAUCGUCGGCGGAUCGUACGGAGGAUUGAGUUCAGCUCUGGCUCUUCUCGACCUUUGCGGUGGCCGUCUGGCUCGUUUUAACUUUAAUGCCGACUCCCAGGCCCCUGAGACCCAGAUUCCCGUCGAAAUUACCGUGGUGGACGAGAGAGAUGGCUUCUACCAUCUGAUUGGAUCUCCUAAAGCCCUGGCAUGUGAUCAGUUUGCCUCGAAGACCUGGAUCCGAUUUCAAGACAUUCCCGCCUUGCAGGCGCCCAACGUUCGCUUCCUCAGGGGUACAGUUAACGCAGUUAACUGCGAGGAGAAGUCGGCACAGAUUCUUGACCUCGACACGAAGAAGUCUUGCGAGGAGCGCUAUGAUUUCUUGAUUGCUAGCUCUGGUCUCCGUCGCGUGUUCCCUACGGUCCCUCAAUCUUUGCUCAGACAUCAGUUCCUUGAGGAGGCGAAGCGCCACAAGGAGGACAUCCAGAAGGCCCAGGAUGGUGUGACGAUUAUCGGAGGAGGUGCCGUCGGUGUUGAGAUGGCUGCAGAGCUCAAGGUCCUGGACCCCAAGCAGAAAGUGACUCUGAUUCAUUCGCGCGAGCGCUUGCUCUCGGCGGAGCCCCUCCCUGAUGACUUCAAGGAGCGUGUGGCUUCCGUCCUCCUCGAAACCGGUGUCGAGGUCGUCUUGGGCCGCCGAGUGAUUGAAACCACUGCCAUCGACACGGAGGGAGAGAAGCGGGUAUGGCAACUGACGCUGUCGAACGGCAUGCAGAUCAAGACUGGCCAUGUCAUGAACGCUGUUUCGAAGUGCAUUCCUACCUCUUCCUAUCUGCCGAAGGAGACCCUGACACAGGAUGGUUACGUGGAUAUCCAGCCAACCCUCCAAUUCCCUGAACGCGCCCCUAACGCCGAAAGCCACUUCGCAAUUGGUGAUAUCGCUUUGUGGGCCGGUAUCAAGCGCUGCGGAGGUGCCAUGCACAUGGGUCACUAUGCGGCCACCAACAUCCACCAGCUCAUGCUGUCCCAGUGCACGGGUGUCAAGCCUGAAUUCAUGACCUUGCAGCAGACUCCACCUGUGAUUGGACUUGCUCUUGGCCACACGGCCGUCACCUAUACCCCGGCUGAGGGAACUCGACACGGUGAGGACUUAAUGACCUCUAUGUUUGGUGAGGAUAUGGGCCAUACCAUUUGCUGGAACUACAUGAAGCUGUCAGAGCCGUGCAAAUGUUAA